UUCCCCCACGCCCUCUUCCUCUUCCUUCUCCUUCCUUCCUUCCUUCCAUCAAUGCCACCAUUUUUCUUUUAUUUAUUUUAAAUUUCAUUUUUUUUUAAUUUCCUCUACUCAAUUACACCACCCCUCUGCCUCUGACUCUCUCUGCUUCACCUUCUUUGUUUGCUUCUCAUCAAAACCACAAACCCUUUCUCUCUCUCUCUCUCUUUCCCUCUCUAAAAGCCUCACGUACCCAAAAACCAAUACCAAUACCAAUACCAAUACCAAUACCAAUACCAUAAACCAUUUUUAGCGCUGUACAGGGAUAUGCAGCCAAAAUAUAUCUAGCUAUACUUCCCUCUGCUACUGCUGUGCUCUCCCAUUUUCAGUCCCCCCCUAGAGAAAGAUAGAAGCGAUGAUGAUGAUGGUGGAAGGAAUCAAAGGUGUUAAUAAUGGCGGAAGAGUGGUGGGGGUGGGUCAUCUUGAUGAAGACAUGGCCGACGGUAUGCAGUGCACUGAUCAUCCUUACCGGAACAACUCAGGUGGGAUCUGUGCUUUCUGUCUCCAAGAGAAGCUCGGCAAGCUCGUCUCUUCUUCUUUCCCUCUUCCCAUUCGGGGCUCGGCCUCUUCUUCUUCUUCGCCUUCUUUCAGAUCUGACAUCGGAGUCGGUCCGUCUUCUUCCACUUCCUCCACGGCUGCCGCGGUGGCUCUCUCGCUCUCUGCCCGACCUGGGUCUUCGUCGUCUUUGUCGUUGAACAAAGGUAACAAUAGUAGUAGUAGUGGUAAUGAAUGUCGUUUUGUUCAUCGCGAGGACCAGGUCCAGGAGUACUAUAGUAACCACAGACGGAGCAGAUUGCCUUUCCUGUUGGCCAAGAAGAAGAAGAAGAAAGUGACCAACACUGUUGGAACUGCGUUCAUGGAAAAUCAUCGCUCUGCUGCUCAUGCUCCUCCCGGAGAUAAUAAUGUCGUUUUCAAGCGAAGCAAGUCCACUACUACACCACGUCGAGGCCGCCAUUGUAGUAAUAGUAACAGUAAUAAGUUUUUGGACGAUCAUGAUUUCAUUCAUAAUAGCCCCAGAAAGCAGAGAGGGGGUUUUUGGUCAUUUCUCUACCUCUCUUCAUCUUCUUCUGCCCGGAAAAUGGAUAACGGCACCGCCGGUGGUUCUAAGACGGCGUCGUUUUCUUCCGCCACGUCAGCUGGUUUGGUUGGUAAUAGCAGUAAUAACAAUAAUAAUAUUAGUGUUAAUAGUAGUACUAAUAAGCAGAAGGAGAGGUGUUUGGGGUCGUCUGUGAAUUCUGUCGUUGAGGAAGAAAACGACAGUAGCCCCAACAGUCAAACGACAGCUUCGGCUUCGUCGUUUGAGCGAAAGGUCUCGAGAUCCAGAUCUGUUGGCUGCGGAAGCCGGAGCUUUUCCGGCGAUUUCUUCGAGAGAAUUUCCACUGGGUUCGGCGACUGCACUCUCCGGCGAGUUGAGUCCCAAAGAGAAGGCAAAUCCAAAGUCUCAGCCGCCGCCCACAGUGGCGAUUCCGGCACCGGAGACCACCAAUGCAUGAAGGAACGCGUGAGGUGCGGUGGUAUUUUCGGCGGAUUCAUAUUGACUUCUUCGUCUUCCUCCUCGUCGUCCUCGUCGUAUUGGGUUUCGUCUUCGGCUGAAGAAAUGAACGGAAAGUCAGUGGCUUCAGCUGGUGGUGGGCCGGGCCCACUUGUGAAUGGCCGGAGUAGGAGCUGGGGUUGGGCCUUCGCGAGCCCAAUGAGAGCUUUCAGCAAGCCCACUAGCUCAAACGGCAAGAGGGAUCAUCAUCAUCAUAUAACUAGACAAGGUUCAGAAAAGAACACUACUACUUCAACAUCUACUCCCAACUUGGCAGCUAUUCCUUCUUUGCUCACAGUGAGAAGCUAAUAAUUAUAAUAAUUAUUAUUUUUACUGUUAUCAUUACUAUAAUACACCAUUUUAAUUCAAAGUUUUUAUAUUAUUGUUCAUCUGUGUAUUACUACUACUACUGCUACUACUACUACUACCUAUCUCUUGUUUAUUUAAAUUUAGUCUUCUGUGUAUCAAUGGGUUUGAAACCUCUAGUCCAUUAUAUAUUAGUGGUGUAACAACAUUUUCAUUUUAAAAAUUGUACUUUUGGAAAAAAAUUCUCUAAGUUAUAGUUUGUUUGAAUCAUAAAACGAAGUUAGCUGUAACUCUAGCUCUGUUCAACUCAGAGUGAAGAAGCAAAAAUAAUUUUUUACUUGGGUUUUGUUUUC